GGGUCACUCCUGCCUGGGAAGGCUGCUGGUGAGUCAGGAUUGGAUAGACAAAGAAAGCACAAUUCUCUGGGAUCUGCGCUGGGACCCAGGCUUUGGAGGGAGCAAUGGUGUCCUGGAGGGAACAGAGGUCUCCCAUCCCAUCCUAAGCACUGCUGGAUCCUGUGUGACAUCACCAGCCCCCUCAGUACUGCCACUGCUGGAAGUUCUGAGCUCUGUGCUGAGGGCACCAGGCACUAACACUUGGCUCUUGUUGGGAGAACAGAGAGAGUCUCUCUUGUCUGCCUGCGGCCUGUGCUCAGCUCCGACUGCUGCAUCUCCCGGAGGCCUCUGCCCAGGCUGCAUAGGGUGGGAGCUGCUAAGGCUGUAUCAGAAGUUGAAGGUGGGCAAGAGGGCAGUCCUGCCUGGAGGCCAAGGUCUUCCCUGUACCCCAGAGCCUACCUCAUCACAGCUACAGAAUGGCCUCCAGCCCAGUUGGAGUUCCUAGCCCACAGCCUUCUAGGGCCAAUGGAAACAUCAACCUGGGGCCAUCAGCUAACCCAAAUGCCCGACCCACAGACUUCGAGUUCCUCAAAGUCAUUGGUAAAGGGAACUAUGGGAAGGUCCUACUGGCCAGGCGCAAGUCCGAUGGAGCCUUCUAUGCAGUGAAGGUGCUUCAGAAGAAGUCCAUCAUAAAGAGCAAAGAGCAGAACCACAUCAUGGCAGAACGCAAUGUCCUACUGAAGAAUGUGCAGCACCCCUUCCUCGUGGGCCUGCGCUACUCCUUCCAGACCCCAGAGAAGCUCUACUUUGUGCUUGACUAUGUCAACGGAGGAGAGCUCUUCUUCCACCUGCAGCGGGAACGUAGGUUCCUGGAGCCCCGGGCCCGGUUCUACACUGCAGAGGUGGCCAGUGCCAUUGGCUACUUACACUCUCUCAACAUCAUUUACAGAGACUUGAAGCCAGAAAACAUUCUCUUGGACUGCCAGGGACACGUGGUACUGACAGAUUUUGGCCUUUGCAAGGAAUGUGUAGAGCCCGAGGAGACCACAUCCACCUUCUGCGGCACCCCCGAGUACCUGGCCCCCGAAGUGCUUCGUAAAGAGCCUUACGAUCGAGCGGUGGACUGGUGGUGCUUAGGGGCGGUCCUCUACGAGAUGCUGCAUGGCCUGCCCCCCUUCUUCAACACAGAUGUGGCCCAGAUGUACGAGAACAUUUUGCACCAGCCACUACAGAUCCCUGGAGGCCGGACAGUGGCUGCCUGUGACCUCCUGCAAGGCCUUCUCCACAAGGACCAGAGGCAGAGGCUGGGUUCCAAGGCAGACUUUCUCGACAUAAAGGACCAUGUGUUCUUUAGUCCCAUAAACUGGGAUGACCUGUACCACAAGAGGCUAACUCCACCCUUCAACCCAAAUGUG